AGUAUUUUUUUCGUGUAACACAAUACUUUAAAAAGUAUGAUGUAGAUCAACACUCAUAAGAGAGGUGACAUGUUUAUCCUAAAUUAGUAGUUGAGGAAACACAAGAGGACUACAACACAGGAAGUAAAGUCUUACACGAUGUGACGUCACCACUGGUCAUGGGCGACCACAGCCAGACGUCGCGAGUUCGCCAGUGACGUCACCUUUUGUACAAAGAUCAAGGCCGACACUUCACCGGGGGGCAAUUUGACGGAACCACUAGUGUUUGCGUGAGUUUGUAUAUAUGGUUCUACGCAGUCUAAAUGCAGUGGACCCAAACACGUGACGUCACUUUCCUGCCGACCGAAGCGACCCCGAGAUGGAGCCGGAUCGUUUACUCAAGGUGGAUGCCAUUCUAGAGCUGGUCAAGUCCCGCUUCAAUCUCAUCUCCGCGGCCCAGUGGGCUUUGCUGGUGGCCGGAACUCCGGAUUCGGAGACCAAGGCCGUUUUGGCCGAUACGAUCAGCGACGUGAUCCAGAGGAUCUCCUCCGAGGUGGUGCGGCAGCUGCAGCCCGCCAUCAGCGAGCACCUGCGAGGACAAGCGUCUCAGGCUCAGGUGAGCAAUGCCAUCGACCGGUGCAGUCCGAAGCUGAGCGAGUGCCUGACUGAGACCUUUGCGGCCGCCCUGGACCUCCCGCCGCAGAAUUACGAGGGCGCGGGGGAGCUCACCACGCUGGUGGAGUCGGAAGUGAAGCACCGGGUGACGUCGGCCUUGUCCGUGGCGCGGAGUGCCGCCGAGUGGCCGUCGGACCCCGUUCUCUUCAUCCGCAGCACCAUGUCCAGCGUGGGCAACCUGGCCUCCAUCUUCCGCAAAGCCGUGGAGUAUCUGAGGCAGGUGUUCGCCCGGGCCCGCACGCCGUGCGUGGUGCUGUGCGGCCGCUCCGCCUUGAAGGCCGGCGACAUGACGGACGCCGUGAGCGGGAUCCUACUCAAGUGGUCCCGCGCCAGCAAGGGCGGGAAAGCCGUCCCGUUCGAACCCGCGGUCGACGUGGAGAAACUGAGUCAAGACUCGGAGAUGGCGGGCAUGGAGUACGUGAGCGAACAAGCCGACCCUCGGGCCAAGCAGAGCGCUCUGGUGGCCGCGCUGGACAUCACCAAAAGCAUCAUCCAGGAGCCCUUUCGCGGGUCCGGGGACCGCGUGGAAAGCCGCCUGACGCGCUUCAAUCUCAACCUGAAGCUCAUCUCCAACAAAGUCAAGAAUUUCUUCAAGUCGCUCGAGACGGCCAGCCCAGACGGCCACAACAUACUGCGCAAGUUCCGCUUCUUCAAGUUUGCGCGCUUGCAGUUUGCCCGCAUGCUGGGAGGACUCAAACGCGCCUUUAAAAACCAAGAGGCCUGUCUGGUGUCCCUCAGGCCGGAUUACCCCAAGUCCCCCAAAGACAGCAAAGGUGGGGGCGCUUUCAGAUCCAGCACCUUACACGUCAGGCCGUCGCAGAAUCCCGCGUUUGAGUUCGAGGCCAUCCAGGACCGGGUGGCCAAGAUGUUCGAUGACCUGAGCCAGAUGGAGCCGGACGUCCGCGAGGCCAAAAUCAAGCGCUACAUGGACGAGAAGCUCCGGGGCUUCUCCCAAGAGCUCUCCUCUCGCCUGUACGAGUACCUCAUGUCCUGUCAGAGCGAAGUAUACGAGGUGCCCUCCAGCCGCUCCAACACGCCUUUCGUGGACUCGGUGCUGUGGGGCCGGCGGGGGAAGAAGAACUGGGACGGCGGGCAGAAGUUCUCCCCCGAGGUCCUGUACGCCAUGACGGAGGACGCGGCCUGGAGGUUCCUGCAGCAGCUGCUUCUCUGGAUGGAGACGGAGCCACAAGGCGAGGAGACGUACGCCGACGAAGUCUCCGGCGCCGUCAGCGAGAUCAACCAGCUGGUCGUCACCGCCCUCAACGCCGACGAAGACCAGGAAGAGCCCCCGAGGAGCCAGCGAGUGAGCGAGAAGACGCUUCCCAAAGACGAAGGGAGAAUCCAGAAGAGCGUCUCCGCGGCUUCCGACUCACAGCCUCCCCAAACACGGCACUCGGCGCUCACGGUCGUCCCGGGGCCGUCGACCAAUCUUUCUCCCAGGUGGGAUCGCACGGCGUCCUUCAACGUGAAGCUGACCCGCCUCCUGGCCUCCACGCUGGCCACGCAGCUGGGCCAGCGCCUGCCUCGGAAGUGCAAGCAGUCUCUGAAGAUGGACGCCCUGAUGCUGGUCGUGGAUCAUCUGUCGUGCAGGGCCGUCGAGGAGAUCAGCCCGCAUCACAUGGACAACAUCGAGACGAUGGAGAACCUGGAGGAGGUGAUCACGCCCGUCGUCAAGAAGCUCCUGGCCCACUUUGGCUCGCCGACCAAACUGGUGGAGGCCGUGACGUUGGACGAGGCGUCUUUUGAUGACGCCGUCUUCAAGCACCUCCUGACCCAACUUACCACCGUCAGGGAACAGCCCAAAGUCAGCAAGGGCCUCAGCUUCUUCUCAUCCGUGGCCAAGCUGUGCUCUCGCUCCACGUGACCCCACCUUCCUUACCUUCUUUCAGGAGUCGCUCCCCAACACUCUUCCCGCUGCGCGUGUAUAUAGUGUGGAUACUUUUCUCAUGCGAGCCGACAGUCAUACACGGUGGCGUCUACUUACGAGUAACCCCACCCAUUUGUUUUGAGAUGACAAGGCAUCACGGGCGAGUUCCGUUUUCGUAUUUGCGUUGCGAGCGUGACAAUUUAUUCAAAUGGGGAAAAUUGAUUUGACGGACGCAUCGAAUCGAGUGCUUGGUCACGGAAUGAUUUCAGCUUGUAAGUCGAGGGAGCGCUGUCAACACAUGUAUCAUGUACUUUUUUUCCGAUCGUAUCGUUGAUAAUAUUUAUUGAUAUUCUUUUAUGCCCACGUCCGUUUGGGGAUGGGACUUUUAUGGGCUGCGGUUUUUCGGUUUCGCAAUUCACUUCACAUGGACUGUGCGUGCGUGCGCGUUGACCCGCUCUCACAGUCGCAGUCAAACCACUCACACGAGCUGGGGAUCUGAGAGACGGAAAUUUGAAUUGGCACUAGCUUCAUUCAAAUCUCCGCCGUGGAUUCAUUUUGGUUUCACUUAUGAAGACGAGGGCGUGGGAGUGAAAACUUUGGACAGAUGUUUUACUAUCGGCAAGUGCUGUCGUGUACUUCUAAGGAAACAAGCAGUAUGACCAAGCUUCUCCUGUCGAUAUCAUGAGAUACCGCGGAACCUCGAUUUAAUCGACAUGGCUCCAAAUGGA